UGUUCGGUUAGGCUGGUGGAGGAGAUGCUCUGAUCCCUGAAAUUAGUGAUUCUUUCGCCAAUAUUCCACGCGUAGUAGAUCCAUUCAUUGUCAACGUAUUCUCACAUUCCUUGCCUGUCACUCUUCACUGCUUCGACUAGGGUUUCUGAUACUCUCUCCGCUAAACCCUAGCUCACUCUGCUCACCACAAUUCACACACAUACAAGCACGUGUACACGCUCGUCACUCCGUUCCGUAUCGCCGGCGGCGUUUGCCCCGACUAGCCCGGCCAGGAAUAAACAAUCGCAGCCGCCAUGGACGAUGUGUGCGAAGGGAAGGACUUCUCGUUUCCGAAGCAGGAAGAGAAGAUCAUCCAAUGGUGGGAAGAAAUCAAGGCCUUCGAGACCCAGCUUGAGCGAACAAAGCACCUCCCGGAGUACGUCUUCUACGACGGCCCCCCCUUCGCCACCGGCCUCCCUCACUACGGCCACAUCCUCGCCGGAACAAUCAAGGACGUCGUGACCCGGUAUCAGACGAUGCGGGGCCACCAUGUUACGCGGCGGUUCGGUUGGGAUUGCCAUGGGCUGCCGGUUGAGUUCGAGAUCGAUACGAAAUUGGGGAUAAAGACGCGAGAUGAUGUGUUGAAGAUGGGGAUUGGAAAUUACAACGACGAGUGUAGGAGCAUUGUGACAAGAUAUGUGGGGGAGUGGGAGAAGGUUGUGGCGAGAACAGGUCGGUGGAUUGAUUUUAAGAAUGAUUACAAGACAAUGGAUUUGAAGUUUAUGGAGACUGUUUGGUGGGUUUUCUCUCAGCUGUUUGACAAGGGGCUUGUCUACAGAGGCUUCAAGGUUAUGCCCUACAGCACUGGUUGCAAAACUCCGUUGUCUAAUUUUGAAGCCAAUUCAAACUAUAAGGAAGUUUCUGAUCCUGAAAUCAUGGCGGCUUUCCCAAUAGUUGAUGAUCCAGAAGGUACAGCUUUUGUGGCAUGGACAACCACACCUUGGACCCUUCCUAGUAAUCUUGCCCUUUGUGUCAAUGCAAAUUUUGUCUAUGUGAAGGUUCGCAACAAAUUCAAUGGCAAAACUUAUAUUGUUGCCGAGUCUCGAUUAUCGGAGCUUCCAGUUGAGAAACCAAGAAAGGCUAUGCCUAAUGGAACUGCCAAUGAUUCAGAACGGUCAAACUCUACGACUAAGGGAUCGUCUGGUGGUAAAAGUAAGAGUAUGGUCGAUACUUAUGAAGUCUUGGAUAAAUUUUCAGGCGCUGCACUCGUGGGGACAAAGUAUGUGCCACUGUUUGAAUACUUUGUAGAUUUUUCUGAUGUGGCAUUUAGAGUCCUUGCGGACAAUUAUGUAACGUCUGAUAGUGGGACUGGAGUUGUUCACAUGGCUCCUGCGUUUGGUGAAGAUGAUUACCGUGUUUGUAUCGAAAAUCAAGUGAUUAAUAAGGGGGAGAGCCUUAUUGUAGCAGUUGAUGAUGAUGGCUGCUUUACUGGUAGAAUUACUGACUUUAGUGGUCGCUAUAUCAAGGAUGCAGACAAGGAUAUUAUUCAGGCGGUGAAGGAUAAAGGUCGGCUUGUGAAGUCUGGAAGCUGUACGCAUUCUUAUCCAUUUUGUUGGAGAUCUGAUACCCCUCUUAUCUACAGAGCAGUUCCAAGCUGGUUUGUUGCGGUGGAGAAGUUGAAAGAUCAAUUGCUAGAAAACAACAAACAAACAUACUGGGUUCCUGAUUUUGUUAAGGAAAAGCGCUUCCACAAUUGGCUUGAAAAUGCAAGAGACUGGGCUGUUAGUCGUAGUAGAUUCUGGGGUACGCCACUUCCUGUGUGGACUAGUGACGACGGCGAGGAAACAAUAGUAAUGGAUUCCAUUGAUAAACUUGAAAAGCUUUCUGGUGUAAAGGUAGCUGACUUGCAUCGUCACAAAAUUGAUCAUAUCAGUAUCCCGUCAAGUCGUGGCCCUAGUUUUGGAGUGCUUCGACGCGUUGAGGAUGUGUUUGAUUGUUGGUUUGAGAGUGGAUCGAUGCCAUAUGCAUAUAUCCACUAUCCAUUUGAGAAUGUUGAGCUCUUCGAGAAGAACUUCCCCGGGCAUUUCGUGGCUGAAGGGUUGGAUCAAACUCGUGGCUGGUUCUAUACUCUCAUGGUCUUGUCAACUGCGCUUUUUGGAAAGCCUGCGUUUAGGAAUCUCAUUUGUAAUGGACUUGUCCUCGCUGAGGAUGGGAGGAAAAUGAGCAAAAGACUCAAGAACUAUCCAUCACCUAUGGAAGUCAUAAAUGAUUAUGGGGCCGAUGCUUUGCGAUUAUACAUAAUUAACUCUCCAGUUGUGCGGGCUGAGCCUUUACGUUUUAAAAAGGAUGGAGUUUUUGGUGUUGUGAAAGAUGUAUUUUUACCAUGGUACAAUGCAUACAGAUUCCUUGUUCAGAAUGCAAAGAGACUUGAGGUCGAGGGGCUUGCACCGUUCAUUCCUGUUGACAAAGUUACACUUCAGCAGUCAUCUAAUGUUCUUGACCAGUGGAUCAACUCAGCCACUCGGAGUUUGGUUCAUUUUGUCCAGCAAGAAAUGGAUGGAUACCGCCUCUACACAGUGGUUCCUUAUCUCUUGAAAUUUCUCGAUGACCUCACCAAUGUAUAUGUUCGGUUUAACCGCAAGAGGCUUAAAGGUCGUACAGGAGAAGAUGAUUGCAGGGUUGCACUUUCGACUCUGUACCAUGUGCUCCUAACUUCUUGUAAAGCAAUGGCUCCAUUCACACCAUUCUUUACUGAAGUUCUUUACCAAAAUCUGCGUAAAGCUUCCAAUGGGUUGGAGGAAAGCAUUCACUUUUGCAGUUUUCCCCAGGAAGAAGGGAAGGGAGGGCAACGUAUUGAACAGAGUGUUAAAAGGAUGAAAAUUAUCAUUGAUCUUGCCCGGAAUAUCCGUGAGCGUCACAACAAGCCUCUGAAAACACCACUCAAGGAGAUGGUUGUAGUUCAUCCUGAUGCAGAGUUUCUCGAUGAUAUAGCUGGAAAAUUAAAAGAGUUUGUGUUGGAGGAACUCAAUGUAAAAUCCGUUGUCCCCUGCAAUGAUCUUUUGAAGUAUGCUUCUCUACGAGCUGAGCCUGAUUUCAGUGUAUUAGGUAAGCGUCUUGGAAAAUCAAUGGGCAUUGUUGCCAAGGAAGUCAAAGCCAUGUCUCAGAAAGAUAUUUUAGAUUUCGAGAAGCAUGGAGAAGUUACCAUUGCUACACACUGUUUGAAGCUGUCUGAUAUUAAGAUCAACCGGGGUUUCCGGCGCCCUGAUAAUAUGACAGAGGAGGAAAUUGAUGCUGCAGGAGAUGGUGAUGUUUUGGUGAUAUUGGAUUUGCGCCCUGACGAGUCAUUGUUUGAGGCUGGGGUUGCUCGUGAGGUUGUUAAUAGAAUCCAGAAGCUACGAAAGAAAGCUGCUCUUGAACCGACUGAUAUGGUGGAGGUGUACUUCAAGUCGUUGGAUGAAGAUGAGUCUACCUCACAACAGAUUUUGAAUUCCCAGGAACAAUAUAUCAGGGAUGUACUUGGUUCGUAUUUGCUUCCCUCAACCAUGAUGCCACCACAUGCGGUGAUUCUUGCUCAAGAAAGCUUCCAUGGUAUUUCUAAUUUGGCAUUUUCCAUCACUUUGGCGAGACCCGCGUUAUUAUUCAACUCCAAUGCUGUUCUAGCAUUAUACGGAGAGGACACAAAGUUUGCGAAUGGUUUACAGACAUAUUUGCUGUCAAGGGAUCAUCAUAAUUUGAAGUCAGAAUUUCAUCUUGGGAAUGGAAAGGUUACAGUUGAUUGCAUUGAAAAUCAGCCUGCCGUUGAAGUUGCGUUGGGAGUACAUGUGUUCUUGACGGUUGGGGAUUAUUUGUUGAGCACAAAAGCUCACUGAUUUCAUUUUAGUUGAUUGCAUUUAAAAUUUACCAAUCAUCUUACUGGAAAGAAGAUAAAUAGGGAAAAAGAAGUCGUGUAACCCUGUGGAAGCAAAUCUUAUGGGGGUUUUAAUCUUGUUUCAUUUACUAUAUACGAAUCCGCACUUUCAAAGAAAAGGAAAAUAUUUUUGCAGGGUAA